GCCAGCCCUUCGUGCUUAGAAGCGCCGAAGACUAUCGAGAAGGUUUGCAGAACGUCUCCAGAGCGGACUUUGGAUUGAGCGGAGAAGGACAUUCGUUGGCCGUCCAGACUGUAGACCACCGAACAGAUCAACAUCUAGAAUGGCCACUGCAAGCACCUCUGGACAAAACCCCUUCGGGCUGGGCAGGAAGAAGACCCCGGGUGUCCUUGAUCAAAUCAGCAGGUUCUUCGGAGGAGACAAGAAGAGAAAGGGAAAGGGUUCAUUUCGUGGUCAUCUAUCCUCCUCUCCACAGAGACCCCACCACUCUUCCACCCGCCGCCGUGGAGACGUCAACCCUGUCGUGCAUUUCUUCAGGAGCUUUGUGUCCUCUCCUCGUCCCAAGUCAAGGUGGAGAGAACUAUUGGGCCUGGCUUCCCCGUCAGCGCGCGGCUCGGAGAGUAUUAGAUCGCCACAGAGACGCAGAAGGGAACAGAACACACUCUCCAGAAUCUUCAACCUGGGAGAAAGCCGAUCUCGCUCUCCACCCAAACGCUGGAGCACCAUCUUCUGAGCCCUUCUCUAAGCAGGAAAACACCGAGAUGGAAGAGAGUGAAACGGACGAAAAGCAAAAACUUGAGAGGGAGGAUGUCUGCCCUACAGACU